AGGCGCGUAAUUACAACUAUAAUAUUCAAUGUCAACAGCCACUUUACUUCGUUAGGUUCUUCAGCGCUGUAUUGAAUUCCUAUUCUAAAUUUGAUUGUAUGCCCGAUUGGCGCGCGGGAACAGUCGCUUGUCAAUUGUUGGCGGGAACGCGUUGUUUUUUUUUAUUUUCUUUUUACGAGUGAUAGUGUAGUGAUGUGCUGUUCGGAUUGAUGUUAACGAUUGCGUUCUUCAUAGUAACCGUUGUUUUUGGUUAUUUUUUACGACAAAUUUUGAAUAAACCACCGGAUUUGGUUGAAAGUCAGAGGAUGAGCGACCAGGAGCAGGCUAGGUGCUCCUCGAGCGAGAGCGACAAUUUUGAGAAAAUCGACUCUGAGGACUUGCCUGAACAGAAUGGCAAGCCAGGGUUCACCGUGGGUGAGGACGACGAUGAGGGCCCGGCGAACGAGGGGGGGGACUACUUUCCCAAUGCCCCCCCUCCUAAUCUCAAGCCGAAGAUGACCAUAGCCCAGCAGCUCGCGUUGGCCGAGAAGCGGAGUAAACUCAAGCCGUCUAUGUCCCAGGGCACGGUGAUCCACAGCCAGAGGUUUCAGGAGAAAGAUUUCACCGUCGCCACUCCGGAGGAGUUUGUCAAGCGGUUCCAGGGCACGAAGGCUAUUAAUAAGGUCCUCAUAGCGAACAACGGUAUCGGGGCUGUAAAAUGUAUGCGCUCAAUAAGAAGAUGGUCGUACGAGAUGUUCAAGAACGAAAGGGCGGUGCGCUUCGUCGUUAUGGUGACCCCAGAAGACUUGAAAGCAAACGCGGAAUACAUCAAAAUGGCGGACCACUAUGUGCCCGUGCCUGGCGGCAGCAACAACAACAACUACGCUAAUGUGGAGCUGAUCGUGGAUAUAGCUAUCAGGACCCAAGUGCAGGCUGUAUGGGCGGGCUGGGGCCACGCCUCGGAGAACCCCAAGCUGCCAGAGAUGCUGCACCGCGCCGGCGUCGUAUUUAUCGGACCCCCCGAGAAGGCCAUGUGGGCGCUGGGGGACAAGAUAGCGUCAUCCAUCGUGGCCCAGACGGCAGACAUACCCACGCUACCUUGGAGCGGAAGCGAGCUCAAAGCGGAAUACAACAGCAAAAAAAUCAAGAUCUCAUCUGAACUCUUCGCCCGCGGUUGUGUGACCACCUCGGAGCAAGGUCUGGCUGCGGCACACAAGAUAGGGUUCCCCGUCAUGAUCAAGGCCUCUGAAGGUGGCGGCGGCAAGGGUAUCAGGAAGGUGGAAAACGCUGAUGACUUCCCAACCAUGUUCCGACAGGUGCAAGCCGAGGUGCCCGGUUCUCCGAUAUUCGUGAUGAAGCUCGCCAAAUCUGCUCGCCAUUUGGAAGUACAACUCAUCGCUGACCAAUACGGUAACGCCAUUUCCCUGUUCGGGCGUGACUGCUCGAUCCAGCGCCGGCACCAGAAGAUCAUCGAGGAAGCCCCGGCUGCCAUCGCUAGACCAGACGUCUUUAUUGAGAUGGAAAAGGCCGCAGUACGCCUAGCCAAAAUGGUGGGCUACGUGUCAGCGGGCACCGUGGAGUAUCUGUACGAGCCGGCCACCGGCCAGUACUACUUCCUGGAGCUGAACCCUCGGCUGCAGGUUGAGCACCCCUGCACGGAGAUGGUCGCCGACGUCAACUUGCCCGCCGCACAGUUGCAGAUCGCCAUGGGUCUCCCACUGUACCACAUAAAGGACAUCCGGCUGCUAUACGGCGAGGGACCCUGGGGUCUGUCGGCCAUCGAGCUGGACGAGCCCAAGCAGCGACCCUCGCCCUGGGGUCACGUCAUCGCCGCCCGUAUCACUUCCGAGAACCCCGAUGAAGGUUUCAAACCGUCAUCCGGUACAGUGCAAGAGCUCAACUUCCGCUCAUCUAAGAACGUGUGGGGCUACUUUAGCGUGGCGGCCUCUGGAGGCCUACACGAGUUCGCGGACUCGCAGUUCGGACACUGCUUCUCGUGGGGCGAGACCCGCGAGCAGGCCAGAGAGAAUCUAGUAAUAGCUCUUAAAGAGCUGAGCAUCCGGGGCGACUUCAGAACGACUGUGGAAUACCUCAUUACGCUGCUAGAGACGCCCGCCUUCCAGAACAACGAUAUUGACACUAGUUGGUUGGACGCUCUUAUCGCUGAGAGGAUGCAAUCCGAGAAGCCUGACAUUAUGCUGGGCGUGAUCUGCGGUUCCAUACUCAUCGCCGACAGCAUCAUCACCACGCACUUCCAGGACUUCAAGAGCGGCCUAGAGAAAGGUCAAAUCCAAGGGUCCAGCCAGCUCUCGAACUGCGUCGAAGUGGAACUGAUCCACACGGGCAGCAAGUACCGAGUGCAAGCGUGCAAGUCCGGACCCACCACUUACUUCCUGGCCAUGAACGGAAGCUUCAAGGAACUGGAGGUGCACAAGUUGACCGACGGCGGCACUUUACUCUCCGUCGAUGGCGCGUCCUACACCACCUAUCUCAAAGACGAAGUGGACAAAUAUCGUAUCGUCAUCGGUAACCAAACUGUAGUGUUUGAGAAGGAAAAGGACCCGUCCAAGCUGAGGUCCCUUUCUGCGGGGAAGCUGAUCAACUGUCUUAUAGAAGAUGGCGGGCAUGUGGAUAAGGGACAGCCUUAUGCUGAGAUUGAGGUGAUGAAAAUGGUGAUGACCCUCUCGGCGCCCGAAGCUGGUAAGGUCACGUGGAACCUCAGACCUGGUGCUGUGCUGGAGAUGGGCUCUCUCAUAGGAACUCUUGAGCUGGACGAUCCGUCCCUAGUAACCACAGCAACGCAAUAUAAGGGGCAGUUCACCCAUGAAGAAAAUCCUAAUCUGUCUGAGAAACUUAGCCAACAACAUAACAAGUAUAGGGCCAUAUUGGAGAAUAUACUUGCAGGUUACUGUCUACCGGAGCCCUAUAAUACGCCCCGCUCGCGGGAGGUGGUCGAGAAGUUCAUGCAGAGCCUCCGGGACCCCUCGCUGCCUCUACAGGAACUGCAGGAGGUCCUAUCCUCAGCGUCCGGCCGUAUCCCUCUCGCGGUAGAGAAAAAAGUCCGCAAACUCAUGACGCUAUACGAGAGGAACAUCACUAGUGUGCUAGCGCAGUUCCCGAGCCAACAGAUCGCUAGUGUUAUAGACCACCACGCCGCUUCGUUGCCUAAACGGGCGGACCGAGACGUGUUCUUCAUGAGCACACAGGCCUUAGUUCUCUUGGUACAGAGAUACAGGAAUGGCAUACGAGGCAGAAUGAAGGCGGCCGUCUACGAUUUGUUGAAGCAAUAUUACCAAGUCGAAAGCAACUUCCAACUGGGUUCGUACGACAAGUGCGUGAUGGCGCUCCGCGACAAACACAAGGACGACAUACAAGUGGUCGCCGACAUCAUAUUCUCACACAACCAGGUCGCCAAGAAGAACCUUCUGGUGACCCUACUAAUCGACCACCUCUGGUCCAACGAGCCCGGUCUGACCGACGAGCUGGCGGCCAUCUUGAAUGAGCUGACGUCACUGCACCGCGCAGAGCACAGCCGCGUCGCUCUCAGGGCGCGACAAGUACUGAUCGCCGCUCACCAACCGGCCUACGAGCUUCGCCAUAACCAAAUGGAGUCCAUCUUCCUGUCGGCCGUGGACAUGUACGGACAUGACUUCCACCCGGAGAACCUUCAAAAGCUGAUCCUCUCCGAGACUUCCAUAUUCGACAUACUGCAUGACUUCUUCUACCAUACCAACCAAGCGGUAAUCAACGCCUCCCUCGAGGUGUACGUCCGCCGCGCCUACACCUCGUACGAGAUCCAGUGCCUCCAGCACCUGGACCUGUCUGGGGAGCUGAGCGUGGUCCACUUUCAGUUCGUGCUGCCCACCGGACACCCUAACAGAAUCCCUCUGAGCCAAUCAGAGAUCGAGCUGGCGUCCGCGCAGGACGCGGAGGGUAUACCGGCCGAGCUCUGCACCGCGGCCAUGAAAAAAUGCCACCACCGCACCGGCGCGUUGGCGGCGUUCGACUCUUUCGAACAUUUCGCGCAAUAUGCUGACGAGUUGUUGGACUUGGUUCAUGACUUUGCGAGCACUGCGAGUGUGAGGAGAGAGGAUUUGCAAGCUUUGCAAGAUGGCAGCGAGAGCCGGGGCGACAGCACCAGCAUCAACGUCGGCAUGGACUACAAGCCAAACGAUACGGAGGAGGCGAACUUGGAACCUAUCCAUAUCCUGAUGAUCGGAGUGCGAGACAACGGUGAAAGCGACGACGUGCAAUUGGCUCGACGUUUCGGAGGCUUCUGUCGCGCUCAUAGGCUAGAACUACACCAGAAGCGGAUCAGGCGUGUCACCUUCAUGUCUCUCAUCAAACGCCAAUUCCCCAAAUUCUUCACGUACCGCGCCCGUAACGACUUCAUCGAAGACACCAUCUACCGCCACCUGGAGCCCGCUUCAGCCUUCCAGCUGGAGUUAUACAGGAUGAGGAGUUAUGAGCUGGAAGCCCUGCCCACCAGCAACCAGAAGAUGCAUCUAUACUUAGGAAAAGCCAAGGUGAAGAAGGGUCAAGAGGUGACGGACUACCGAUUCUUCAUCCGCUCCAUCAUCAGACACCAGGAUCUGAUCACGAAGGAGGCCAGCUUCGAGUACCUGCAGAAUGAGGGGGAGAGGGUGCUGUUAGAGGCGAUGGAUGAGCUGGAGGUCGCUUUCUCGCACCCGUUGGCCAAGAGGACGGACUGCAACCACAUAUUCCUGAACUUCGGGCCCACGGUCAUCAUGGACCCGUCUAAGAUCGAGGAAUCGGUCCUCGGCAUGGUGAUGCGGUACGGACCCCGGCUUUGGAAGCUCAGGGUCUUGCAGGCGGAGAUACGCUUCACACUCAGAAUAGGGCCCGGUGCCCCAACAAAGAAUGUGCGAUUGUGUCUGUCCAAUGGAUCUGGGUACACCCUGGACGUGUACACGUAUGAAGAGGUGUCGGACCCCAGGACUGGCGUGAUAAUGUUCCAAUCGUUCGGAGUGCGGCAGGGCCCUAUGCACGGGCUUCCCAUAUCCACUCCGUACGUCACCAAGGACUACCUGCAGCAGAAGAGGUUCCUGGCAACGUCACAAGGCACGACGUACGUGUACGACCUGCCCGACAUGUUCAGACAGGUCGUCGAGAGGAGGUGGCGGGAAUGCAUCGAAGACGGAAGUGUUGAUGGACCGGCACCAGAUAAUGUGAUGGCAGCUGUGGAGCUGGUGGUCGAGCCUGAAGGUGAAAGGAGAGUGGUGGAAGUGACCAGACUGCCUGGACAGAAUACCGUCGGCAUGGUAGCGUGGCGUUUAACCCUCUUCACGCCGGAGUGCCCCAAGGGUCGCGACAUCAUCGUCAUAGCGAACGAUCUGACCUACUACAUGGGGUCAUUUGGACCUCAGGAGGACUGGGUGUACUAUAGGGCCUCGCAGUACGCUAGGGAGCUUAAGAUUCCUAGGCUAUACAUCAGUGUAAACUCCGGCGCUCGCAUCGGCGUCGCGGAAGAAGUGAAACAAGCGUUCAACGUGGCCUGGAUCGAGGCCGAGAGGCCGGAGCGAGGCUUCAAGUACCUAUACCUGACGCCGGAGGCCUACAGCCGGCUCGGGCCUCUCGGCUCCGUCAAAACGGAACUUAUUGACGACGAGGGGGAAUCCAGAUAUAGAAUCACUGAUAUCAUUGGCAAAGAAGACGGUCUCGGUGUUGAGUGCCUCCGCGACGCGGGUCUCAUCGCCGGCGAGACCGCACAGGCCUACGAGGACGUGGUGACGAUAUCGGUCGUCACGUGCCGCGCCAUCGGCAUCGGCGCCUAUGUUGUCAGACUGGGUCACCGCGUCAUCCAAGUGGAGAACUCCUACAUCAUUCUCACAGGUUACGCGGCCUUGAACAAAGUGCUCGGCCGCGCCGUAUACGCCAGCAACAACCAGCUCGGAGGCAUACAGAUCAUGCACAACAACGGUGUGACUCACGCUGUGGCGCCUACGGAUUUAGAUGCUGUCGCUACUGCUGUCAGGUGGCUGUCUUAUGUGCCCAAGGAUAAACUAUCCAUGGUGCCAAUCAUGCGAGUGUCGGACCCGAUCGAGCGGCCCGUGGAAUGGAAGCCUCCCCGCGCCGCCCACGACCCGCGGUUGAUGCUCACUGGGGACGGCGCCCGCGCUGGGUUCUUCGAUGUAGGCACCUUCGAUGAGGUCAUGAAGCCAUGGGCGCAGACGGUUAUCACCGGGCGCGCCCGUCUCGGCGGUAUCCCGGUCGGCGUGGUGGCCGUGGAGACGCGGACAGUGGAGCUGACCCUGCCCGCAGACCCCGCCAACAAGGACUCCGAGUCCAGGACCCUGCAGCAGGCCGGUCAGGUCUGGUUCCCCGACUCCGCUUACAAGACCUCUCAGGCCAUCAACGAUUUCUCGCGCGAGGGUCUGCCCAUCAUCAUCUUCGCCAACUGGCGCGGGUUCAGCGGGGGACAGAAGGACAUGUACGAGGAGAUUCUCAAGUUCGGCGCGGAGAUCGUGCGCGCCCUGCGCCACGCCACCGCGCCCGUGCUAGUAUACAUCCCGCCCGGCGGCGAGCUCAGAGGAGGCGCGUGGGCGGUCGUUGACCCUAGCGUCAACAGCGCCCGCAUGGAGAUGUAUGCCGACCCGGAGGCCAGGGGCGGCGUGCUAGAAGCCGAAGGUAUCGUGGAGGUGAAGUUCAAACAGCGGGACACCCUCAAGGCCAUGCAGCGGUUAGACCCUGAGCUGCAGAGGCUCAGCGCCAGGAUAACAGAAUUAAAAGACCAGAUCGCCGAUCUGUCCAAGAGGUUCGACCGCCGUGGCUCCAUCGACGAUGUGCUCGUGCGGACGGAGGCCGGUCGCGAGGCCGAAACCAAAGCUCGGGAGCUCGAUACCGAGCUGCAGCAGUGCGAGAAGAAAGCUACACAGAGGGAGAAGGAACUACAGCCUAUAUACCACGAGAUCGCGGUACAGUUUGCUGAGCUUCACGACACAGCAGAGAGGAUGCUAGAAAAGGGCUGUAUAUUCGACAUAAUACCUUGGAAACAGUCCCGGCGCUUCCUGUACUGGCGGCUGCGGCGGCUGUUGCUGCAGAACCUGCAGGAGCGGCGCGUGCAGGCGGCGGCGCGCGCGGCCAACGAGCACAUGGACCACGGCGCCGCCGCCGCCACGCUGCGCCGCUGGUUCACCGAGGACCAGGGGGAGACACAGUCGCACCAAUGGGAGCGCGACAACGAGACGGUGUCCAAAUGGUUCGAGUCUCAGACCGCCGAUGACAACUCUGUGCUUGAGAGGAACCUGCGCGCCAUCAAACAGGACUCCGUCAUGAACGCGGUCAACCACCUCGUUAUGGAACUCACGCCGUCCCAACGAGCCGAGUUCAUCAGGAAGCUGACAGCUUUAGAAAUGGAACAAUAGUAUAAAUAUAACGGUAGAUAGAACAAAUUAUAUCCUCAGCCACAGGCGCCAUAUCACUCAACCCACUCACUGCCCGGGGACCCACAGCACUGAAAGUGUUAAUGUUAAUGUUAAAACGUGAAAAAGGCAUUCUAAAACGCAAAAUUAA